AUGGCGGAUGUACGACCGCCGCCCGCGGCGGUACCAACCUCGCCCAGCGGCACGGUGCCCAAGAAGCGCAAGGUCAGAAAAGGCACGCAGAGCUGCUGGGAAUGCAAGCGCCGGAAAAUUCGCUGCACAUUUGCCUCGUCGACGGAUGCCGUCUGCGACGGCUGCAAGAGUCGGCAGACGAAAUGCAUCGGCCAGGAGUACCAGGACGACCCGGCGCCGGCCAGCCGCAAGGCCGACCGCCUCAAACGCAUGGAAUCCAUCAUUGAAGACUUGGUCAAGCAAAAAACGUACGAAUCUGUCGAAGAAUCCAGCCAGGGCGACUGUCACUGCUCACAGGAUUCAGAUGCGACUACCCUUAAACGCUCGAGAAGUUCCGGAGAGCACCACGCAUCCCCAUCACUUUCCAUACCUCUCGGCCUGGAAGCAAAGACCCCGGAAGAGCUCUCCCGCUAUCUCAUCUCCUUCUGGCCUAGCCAGGCCGAUCUGGACCUCAUCGUGGACGCGCAGGUGUGCAUCUCGAUUCUCCUCCACGGCAUGGUAUGCCGGCCCUACGAGGGGUAUUUCGAGAAGCACAUGGCCGCUCCGCAUCAGAUCCUGCGCCGGCCGACCGAGGCCAUGCACCCCGUGCUGGUGGCCCGCAACAUGCUGCUGCUCGUCACGCUCCUCAACAGCCUCCCGCCGGCCUCUGUCGACGCGAUCCCGGGCCUCACCAUCACGCACCACGACAUGAAGGAGCGUCUAUACAACGCGGCGACCAAGCUCGUCACCUCCCACAACGACUUCACGACGUGCCUCGAGGGCAUCGAGAGCCACCUGAUGGAGGUCAUGUACCUGACCAACCUGGGCGACCUGCGCCGCGCGUGGCUCGUCAACCGCCGCGCCAUGGACCUCGCGCGGAUGAUGGGCCUCCAGAACGGCGGCGGCAAGACGUCGUCGCUCGUGGUGCUCGAGCCGCAAACCCUGGAGCGCGUCCGGCCCGACUACAUGUGGUUCCGGCUCGUGUGCGGCGACCGGCACAUGUCGCUGCUGCUCGGCCUCCCGCAGGCGACGACGGAAAACGUCUUUGCGACGCCCGACGUGCUCGAGCGCCACGCGCCGCUCGAGCGCUUCGAGCGCAUCAUGAUUGUCGCCUGCAGCCUCAUCCUGCAGCGCAACGACGCCGCCGAGCACAACGACCUCGACACCACCUACGAGAUUGACAAGACGCUGCAGCGCGCCGCCACGCUGCUCACGCCCCAGUGGUGGAUCACGUCGCCGCCCGCCCUCACCUACCUCGCCAGCAAGGACGACGCGGCCUUCCGCGAGACGCUGCGGCUCAUGAACCAGUUUGUCUACCACCAUCUGCUGGUGCAGCUGCACUUGCCGUACAUACUGCAUCCGUCGACUGGCGAUCCUCGGGUUGAUUGUAGCAAGAUUACCGUGGCCAACGCGAGCCGUGCCAUCCUGGCGCGGUUCAUCUCGUUUCACGAGACGCCUGCGUCGAUAGCCUACUGUCGCGGCAUCGACUUUAUUGCCUUUAUCGCCAGCACGACGCUCUGUCUCGUGCACAUUGAAGCGCGCCGCCAGCAGUACCUCGGCCAGGCCGAGCAAGGCAGCUUCAGUCUCUUGCAGCCGCUUCUUCAUCAGCGCCACAGUGAUCGCGGGCUCCUGCAGAGCCUUCUGGACAUUGUCACCAAGAUGGCGCAAGCCAGUGGCGACCCCGUCGCGAAGCGCAUCGGCAGCAUCCUCGGCCCGCUGCUUGAAAUUGAACUUGACUCGUUCAACGGCGGAUGCUACAGCGUCUCGGCCAUCGAUCACCGCGGCAGCUCCCCCGAGAAGCUGGAGUCGGGGUCUGACUUUGGGGACUCGAGCAACGCGCCGCAUGUGCUGCGCAUCAAGAUCCCCUUCUUUGGCACAAUCCGCAUCGAGCACCAUCCCAAAUUAUCGCAUUCGCCCGAUCCAAAACACGCAAGCGUCGAGAACCCAGACUCAGGAUACGUGACGGGGCAGGAGUGCUGCAGCUGCGACAGUGCCUGUGGCAGCGACACCGGCGCAGGCACGCUGCCGACACCGAAUACAAACUGUUCCCACCACUCAAGCACAGACUGGGCAGGCGUCUGUAACUUGGCAGAACAGUCUUCUUCGCUCGUCCACACCAAGGGCGAGGAUUGGACGGGCGACGCGAUGAAUUUCGAUCGUGGAGACGUCUCCGAGCCUUAUCAUUUUGUACCUGGCAUGUCCUCCAACGACGAUUGGGCGCUGCAGGGCGUCGAUGUGGCGCUGUUCAGCAGCUUGAAGCAAUGUAGUCAGUAUAUGGAUCCUUCCUCCCGUUCAUGA